AUGAAAGUGUUCGCCUUGACUUUGGUGGCUGCUUUAACUUUUAGUGGUUGCUGUGCAGUGGAAUUGAAAAAAAAUGCCACCGAAGAUGAACUAAGAAAAGAGUCAGCAUCGAAAGGAGACAAAGAACUGCAUAAACGUGGCGUUUUUCACUAUGGUACCCUAGCUGCCCACACCAACCCGUGGCCUAGGUCCUAUGCAGCACAUUAUGGCUAUGGCGGUGUACAUCUACCCGCAUUUUCAACCUUUUCUCCCUCUGCUUUAUCUGCAGCUCAUAUUGCUGUUCCUGGGGCAUUAAAAUAUAAUACAGCUGUUCACUACAAAGCAUUGUCAUCUCCGUUUUCACCAGCCGGUGUGACAGGUUUAAACUCAGUCGCCACACCAUUCGUCAUCAGACCAGGAGGUGCGGUUGUUCAGUCGUAUAGUGUCAAUUACCCACACCACAGGCCAAAUGUUGCAAUUAAAACGUUUCCAGCCUCUCCAGUAACACCUGUGCAUGUCUAUCAAGGUGUAUUUCCCGCUGCACAAUCGUUCGAAACUGUCCAACCAGCACCUGUUCAACCGGUACAACCAGUACCGAUACAACCAGCACAUUCAGUUGUGCAAGUACAACAUGUAAAACCUAUUUUAAGUUAUGAUCAGUCUACCCAACAAUUGCCGACAUUUUUCCAAACUUCAUUUGUGCACCCGGCACCGACGAGUGUACCUUUGCCCCUUGCACCGCACGUACCAGCCUUGGCUCCGGCCCAGCCAGCAUUCUCAGCAAUACCGUCCUUCGCACCCAAUUUCCCUGCUGUUACCACCUCCACAGUCUCAAACAGCUUGUUUCCCGUCAAUGUGCAACCUCCUCUUCCCCAGCAACCGACAACCUUUGUAACAGCUCAAGUUCCCACACUUGUCCCUGUUCCUGGAACACCCAACCAAAACAGACCCGAUUUUGGAAGCGCCGAAGCAGCACCUCAAAUACCAAGCCAACCUACUCCCGAGCCUCAUUUUAAUUCCGAACUCCCUGCGCAGCAGCCAACACAACAGCCAUGGAAGCCUGUUUUGUAUCUGCCCCCUAAUGUAGGAAGUGAAGUCCAUCGUCCGUCUAACACACUCUUGCCUCCCUAUGGAAGCUCACCAGCCGAAGGCUACUUGCCACCAGCCCCAUCGUCGUCUAAUCAUAAGCAGCUCAACGAAGAGUUACAAUUAAAUCGCCACUUUUUUGAUAAUCUUUCUGAUGCCGACAUUCAACACAUAUUUCAUCAGGCCAAUUUAGCUGCUCAAAGUGAAAACGGUCACACGCAUGACCACGCCCACACCGUCCAUACGUACCAUUCCCACUACUAG